CCCAUUUUGAACACCGCAAUAUAUUUGGUAGGCCGACUUCAUCAUGGCCGCGAUCGCCGAGUUCAUUCUCACGCACUGCAAGCACAGCGGCGGCAACAUGGUGAAUGGAGACCUCCCCCAAGCCAUCGCACAGGCAUCUGUGGAGGAGCUAGACGACACGCUCGAGUGCUUGAACGCAAUCGAAUACGCGGCGGCGAUGGCGUAUCUUUUGCUUGCGAAGGGAAAAAAACUGCAUAUUCACGGCGGUGGCGAUGGCGGUGACGGAAAAGUCGACGAGGAUGACGACGACGUGGACAUGGGCACCCCAGCCUCUGUCCACGACGAUCACCACGUGUCGUUUUUGCUCGAAGUCGCCGCGUACUUGAGCCAGCUUUCCUCGCUCCCUGUGGAACCAAAGGACGCGAUCACAUUGGACGAGUUGGUCCGCCUCGCGGUGCAGGUCGGCAUUGCACGCGGCGCAGCCAUCCGUCUCGUGCAUCCCUUGCGACAGCUCCUUCUACGUUGGCAGUCGUCGGGCCCUGCCCAUCCGAACUCGCUCACGCCGCUCCACAGCUCGUUCGCUUUGGCCUGCGUCCACGCCAAGUGCUACCACAUCGCCGUCGCCAUCCUCGACCAGCCCAUCUUCGACGUCGCACAUCCCCCAGCGGCCGUCCAGUCGAUCCACGUGCUAGAGUACUUUUACUACGGCGGCAUGGUAUACACAGGGCUCAAGCAAUUCCACUCCGCCGCCGCGUUCUUCCUCAUGACAUUGACCGUACCUGCGAAUGCGCUGAGCGCCGUGGCCGUGGAAGCGUACAAGAAGUACAUGCUCGUGUCGCUUCUAGCUGCUAACAAGGUCGCCCCGCUGCCCAAGAGCGCUGGCUUGGUUGUGUCCCGCAGCAUUGAGUCGCAUGUGGGGCCGUACUUGGCGUUCGUCACAGCCUUCGCGUCGGCGCAAGCGGCCACCGUCGCCACCGCCGCAGCCGCCAUUGUAAUGCUUUGCAUCGCCAUCCCCUACAUUUGAAUUGGCCACGUUCACAUAUUGUCGCUGUAGCCAGACAACCACGGCCUCGUCAAGCAAUGUGUGACAGCGUUCAAGAAGCAGAGCGUUCAAAGACUCACCAACGUGUACACGACCGUGCCGUUGGUCAAAGUUGCCUCGGGCAUUCUCGACUCGGGUUCUUCUAUUUGCGACGCCGAAGCGUGUGUGCUCGACAUGAUUGAAGCGCGCGAGAUCGCGGCGACGAUCGAUAAGCACCAGGACAUGGUGCAGCUUCUGGGCGUGUCGUCGUCGUCGCUGGAGGAAUUGCAAGCCACGAUCGAGGUCGCGAUGGAGUGCACGGCGCGCCUCCAGGACGUGGACCUCGCCCUCGCCAAGAACCCCAAGUACAUUGGUCGCGUCAAGGACAAGCGCGCCAAGUUUGCGGGGGACGAUGGCGCGUCGGCGUGGCAAGGGGGUCCGCAACUGAGUGGAUAAAUAUUUACAUUUUUAAUAUUGUUCCCCAUCAAGUUAGUUGGCUAUAUAUAUAUAUAUUAUCUAUGGUCAGUCUAUUGACAUCACGUUAUGGCUACUACGAUUGAAUCAUGUUUUGGCGACUAACUACGAUUGAAAGAAAUACCAAAUGCAGGGGAUAUCCACUUCAAAUGAAAAUAUCUCGUUCAGAUACGAGCGUGCUUAUACGUGGGGCGGCUGAUACCCGUACGGACUCGAGUUGUACUGGUGCUGCUGGUGUGGAGGUGGAGGCGGGGGAGACGGAUGGGUGCCGUACGCUGGCUGGGCGUAGCUAGGUUGGUUGUAGUACCCUUGCUGUUGAUGGUAGCCUCCUUGGGAGUACUGGGGGUGGCCCCCUUGGGGGUAUUGCGGGGGGCCCCCUUGGGGGUAUUGCGGGGGGCCCCCUUGAGGGUACUGCGGGG